AUGUGGACGGGCUAUGCACCGCAGUACUUCAUCGAGCAGAAGGUCACGGUCAUGGAAGCGAUCUGCGCCAGCCCUUGCAUCACAACUUUGGUUUGCAUGACCAUGGAAGCCCGGUACGAGGACAACGUGCGGCAGGAAGCCCAGGAAGCCGAGCCGCUCAACGCCAAGGCGCACAUGGCGCGACAUCGCUUUGGUGCCCGCGGCAAUGCCCUCACCUUUCCCCUCCCGCUGGAAGAUUUGUUCCUGGCGUUGCAGGGCCUUUCGAAGGAUGCGGAGGAAGGACAACCCCUACAGCUGCCACGGGCUGGUACAGAAUUGGCGCACGUGGCAAGAGUAUUGCUAAAGACAAACAAGGAAGGCGCAACCAGUGAGAAAGACAUCAAGACUUUGAUUCAUCAGGCCGUUGUGCGACGAGAGGUGGUGGUGGACCUCAUCCUAAGCAUGCAUCAUUGCGGGCACCCGGCGUAUGCCUCCAUAGAUGAGGAGACAAUGCGGCACAGGGCCGCGGACCUACCCGAGAAGGGCAUCCCACCCGAGGUCUGGAAGGUGGUGCAGGAAGCGGUCAGCAGCCACGACAAGCUACAGCCGCAGAAAGCGGCGACCCCAUGCGACGCCAUGGAGAAGGUGGACGCGGCCGGCAAGAACAUCAGGGAAUGGGCCGCGGCCAUGGCAAGAAGAGUCGAAACGCAAUUUCGCAGGGAGAUGGAGGACAACCUCUUGACGGAUGCCCAGAAGGAAGCCAAUGCCGCGCUCUUGUCCCUCGAGGGAGGUGAAGAAGGAGCAGCACCAGCGGCACGUGGGCAUCUGUCUCGCCGCCAUGCCGGCAACCCGGAAGCACCGCCCGUUGGCAUCAGGGAAUGGGCCGCGGCCAUGGCAAGAAGAGUCGAAACGCAAUUUCGCAGGGACUGGACCUUUGGCUUCACCCUCUGGAACUAUCUGUUUCGCACCAUGGUGAAUCUCCAGAAGAAUGCUUACAUGUACGCCGUGCCCGAUCCAAAAGCCCAAGGCGGCAAGCGCUUGCUUGGCAAUGACGAGAUCGGUGAAGGCUUCCUCGAGGUCAUGGAGCGUCUGCGCAAUGGCUUGUACACGGACGUGGCCGGUGCGCUGAAGCCCGUGAACGGCGACCUGACGAAGCUGCGGCACGCGCCCGGCUUGACCGCGGCCGCGCAGAAGGCCUUGUGCAACACAGAAGCACGGACGCGCCGCCUGCCAGGCACCCAUGAAAUUCGCAAAACCAUGCGGCACCAGACCAAUGCCAACCGAGUUGUCUACGGGACGGCAAUCUUCAUCACUUUCUCCCCGCGCGAGCAAGACAGCAGCAUCAUGAUGCGCCUCGUCCGUGCCCGCCAAUCUGACCCAGCAGUCGUUGAAGACGGUAGUGCCAAGUUUCAGAAAAGGCAAACGCCAGCCCUGGACAUUGACUACGUGAACCUGUCGCCCGAGGCCUUGGCAGAGGAGCUGCUGCCCUAUGACGAGAGGAAGGCGUUGCUUGCCCGGGAUCCUUUGGCCUGCGCGGAAGGGUUUCAAACCUUGGUGCUGCUGGCGCUCCGGCACCUCUUUGGCAUCCGCUACUGCCGCAACUGCCCCAACUGCGCUCAGUCUGACAAACCCUGCAUGGAUGCCUUUGGCAGCAAUGCCACGGCAAUGGGAGGCAUCUUUGGCCGCGUGGACGCUAUCUACGGCUCCCUCGAAUGUCAGAAAAGCGGCGCCGAGCACAUCCAUCUGCAAGCCUUCGUGCAGUGCUUCCACCAGUUUUUCUCGCUGUCAGAGCUGCAGGGCUUGAAGGAGCAACGGUUCCUGGAGAUGCUCCGCCGCUGCACCAGCUAUUCGGGCUACGUCCAGCGGAAGAUCUACUGCAACAAAGAAGCCUGGGAAGAAGAGCGGGAUGAAAUAGAGGCUGCCUGGCCGGAGUUCAAAGACUGCAUGCUCAUGAGCAGUCGGCCGGCUUACCAGCUGGAUGAGGGUAUGGAGCCCGCAGUGUGGCGAGCAACCUACCUGGCCAAAGACGUGGAGGCCUUGCAGAAGCGAAAGCAACAUCAUGUGCAUUUACCAGGGCCCGAUGGCACGCGACUCCCAUUGAAGCAUUGCCAAGACGCCAAAGACCCGACAAAAUGCAAGAGCGGCUUUCCCCGAACAAACUGGCUGACUGAGGAGCCCUUCGUCAUUUGCCCCGGACUAGCAGAAGAAAAAGAGAUGCCACACAGGGGCAAGCGCAGCAUGGUCGGAUUGCCUUGGGGGCCCUGCAACGAGCCCAACCUCAACGGCACCCAUCCAGCCCUCUUGGCAGCACUUCGGUGCAAUAGCGAUGUCCAGCCGCCCUAUAGGUUCCCGAUGGCACCCUUGAGCCACAGAAGUGAUCUUUGCCAAGGAGGGUGUGAGAAGGUGCCAGUUCGGACGCUGAUAUGGGAUGCCCAAGUUACCCAAGCAGCGCAGGCAGGCUAUGCGGCGGACUACCAGAACAAGCGCUUGCCAGUGGCUGUUCACGAGUGCAAAGAGUGGAUGAGGGCCCAGAAGAAUUUGAUCGAAGAGCUUCAGGACAACAAGCCGGGCUAUAUGGGAGCGCGGCUGGGCAAGCGCCUCAUCACAGAUUGCUAUGCGCGAGGCGUUUGCCGCGGGGCCGUGGAGUGCACCAGCCUGGUGACCCGCGCCGAGCAGUACGAGAAGGACCCCACCUGUGCAGAGAGCGUCAAGACGGCCCCGGUGACGGAGAUGAGCUUGUUCUACGGCCUGCGGCUACUGGAGGCAGCAGCUGCAAAGGAGCCUUGGCCUCGCGAGCCUCGCCGCCUACAGCCAGACACCCGCAAUCGCGCGCAGAAGAAGUUGACCGACUGCCCUUUCUGGACCGUGUACGGAGGCAGAGGCCGCGCUGCAGAGGUGCACCCGCUCUCCGCCUACGAGUUCGCCCGCCACUACCGCUUCAAGCUGGUCGCGCAUCCCCAGACCGUGGCGGCAGCCGGGAGGCAUCCGGCCCUCAUUGCCGGUGAAGAUUACCAGAUCAGAGAGGUCGUGGGCGCAGAGUGGCAUUGCUUGGGCCAGGGGGAACACGUGGACCCAGCGUACCGCCACGACUGGGUGAUCGUGCCCCGGAAGCGGCCAAAUGUACCGGUGCCAUAUGGAGCGCAGGGCAGCAAGUCGGAAGAGGAGCAGGCCAUGAAGCUCUUGCUGCUGUUCUUUCCAUGGGUCAACGAUGUGAGAGAUGCUACCGCUGCCGUCCCCUUCAUUGGCCACUUCUGGGUUGAAGGCGGCAAAAGCUGGAGAGAAGCCUUGCGCAAGCGAACCUUCGCCUAUGGCUUCCCCACCGACGAAGUCAAACGCUUCGUCCUGAACUUUUGCAUCGUGCAUUUCUUGGCCCGCGACCGGCAGCUCCAGGACGGCCUGUAUCCCAACAGCGACGAUGAGGACGUGGCGGACGACUUGGACCUGGCGCUGGACGAAGAUGACCUCGUCCUCGCCACCCUGACGCACGUCCGGGGAGGCAGCAAAGCACACGGCAGCCAGGAAGAUGAGCCGAUCGUUGAGGAGGAGGAGGAGGAAAACGGCGAGGCAGGAGUGCAGAACAAGUGCUCCACGCUGUUUGAGCUCACCAUGCAGAUGUUCCAACUUUCGAGCUCGAUCUGGCUGGCGCCGGACCGCGCGCAGCAAGCAGAUGCAAAUGCACAGGCGAGGCAUCAGAACAUGUUGCAGGCGGGCCAGGUGCGCGACCACGCGGUCGCCAGGAAAGCCGCCGCGGCAGCCAAGACGGAAGAGGAUGCGCAUGAGGACAGGGUGGUAGGCCUCUUGGCGCAAGCGGGCGAAGAAGAAGGCCCGUGGAUCAAGGAGCACCCGCGUGUGACCAAAGCAGCUUUGCAGGCAUGGCUGGAAAGUGAGGAGGUACGCAGGGGCACCAACCGCAUGCAGCACGAGUUCUUGAAGCUUGUGGUGGAUAGAGUGAUGGUGGAGCUAGGCUUGAUCAGCCAGGCGCAGUCGCUACGCCAGACAACAGACCCCCUCGUCUGGCUCUUGCAUGGCCUGCCAGGAACGGGCAAAUCCCAUGUAUUGGGUUUCGUCCGCGCGCUUUUCGACCUGAUGGGCUACACCUACGCUUUGGACUACGAAGUCGCUGCUUUCCAAGCCGUCAACGCCGCUGACUUGCAAGGCAAGACCAUGCACAAAGCUUUUGGCUGGAAGGCGAAAGGCGGAACCCCAGAUGAAGGUGCAAAGCGCGAGGCACACAGACGCAUGGCGCAUUGGCGGUGGCUCAUCUUGGACGAGAUCAGCCUGGUGGACGCCAAGUUGCUCGGGCAAGCGGAGAAGGAGCUUCGGGAAGUUGUGCCCGUCAGCAACCCGUGGAAGAGCAAGAACGGCCAGGCGCGCCCCUUUGCCGGCAUCAACGUGAUCUUCACAGGCGAUUUCCACCAACUGCCACCGCCUGCCGGUACUUAUUUGGCACAGGUGCCCUGCGCUGUCCGUGACCCUCAUGGGGAAGGUGCGCCGGAGAACGCGCUGGGGGACCACGGCAAGCAACUCUUUUGGGCCGGCGCCGUGCAGGGCAUCACGGAACUCGUUGACCGGGAGCGUUGCAAGGACGAAUGGUGGACCGAAGUCAGCGACGAGGUGCGGCGUGGGCGCCUUUCGGACAAGAACCACAAGUACCUGCACGGCUUGCCGGUGGAGGGCUGCACCCUCAGUGAAGAAGAGCGGCUCUCGAGGAAACGCGUCAUAGAUGGGCCCAAUGAUCCGCGACUCCAAGAAGCCAGAUUCAAGGAGGCCAUGGCGGUGGUUGCCAACAACGACGCGCGCUACCAGAUCAACAAGGACAGGGCGAAGAACUACAGCCGAGCAUCUGGAGCCCCAUUCUACUGGUCCGUAGCACAUGAUGAAGCAACUUCGGCAGCACUGCAGGCAGACCCGUGCGACAGAGAUGCCAAGAUCAGGUGGCUGCAGUAUCACGACCGAGAUACAGGUGGUCUCUGUGGUGUGCUGCCCCUGGCCGUCGGCAUGCCCGUUGCCUUGACGCACCACUUGAACCGGUCGCCGGACAAGAUGCUCCUGAAAGGCACUAGGGGCUAUGUGCACUCUUGGGUGUGGCCUGAGAACGGCCGUCUUGCCCACCGCAUGCCGUCCUGCGUCUAUGUGAAGUUUGAGGGCGCCACGUGGCAGUUAGAUGGCAUCGAUGAGCCGGGCGUCUACCCUAUCCGCCCACGAAAGGAGGACUGGUACUUGGACGGCAAGAGGAGCAAUCCAGUGCUGAGAAUCAAGCGGAAACAGACUCCUCUCACCCCGGCCUUUGCCAUCACUGCGCAUUCGAGCCAGGGAAAGACCAUGCGCGCACUCUUCUUGGACCUUGAUGUGGACAAGCGGGUGGACGCCACCACGGGUGCAGUGGGCCUCAGCCGGGUUCGGAGCCGCCACGACUGCCUCAUCCUUCGCCCGUUCCCGCUGUGGCUUUUCCAGCGCGGGAUGCCCGACGGGCCCAAGCUGCUCCUUCAGAAGCUGCGGGGCGAGGACGUCGACUUGGCCGCCUAUGCCGAAGGCCUGAAUCCGCAUGCAACGUGCUCCCAUUGUCAACAAGUUCGGCACUUGGACGGCUUUGAGCACGAGCAAUGGGAAAAGGUGCGGGCCAACAUGCCCGCCAUGUGCAUGCAGUGCAAGCACAGGAAGGCCAUGCGCAAGCGCAAGCUCGACGCGGCCAUCAAAUAUCCGUGCAGCAUCUGCAAGCUGGCCAAGAUCGAGGAUGCUUUCCCAAGAGCGCAGUUGAAGCAAGAGGACGGCAAGAAGUGCCUUGCCUGCUGCAAGAAGGCUGACAUUCUGCAGUGUGCUCAUUGUGGCAGAAGCAAGAGCAUCGAGUACUUCAAUGCCACCAUGGUCACCUUCCCGGCCGGAGGCGUGGUAUGCAAAGCUUGUCAAGAUGCCAUGAAGGACAAAGUCGACAAGAAGGAGCGCAAAAAUUGGUUCACUUGCCGAAGCUGCGGGGAAAUGUUGCCAGCUGGCGCGGGAAGCCAGCAAGCUUUGGACCAGCGGCGUUGCCUCAACUGCGCUUCCCGGGGCAUUCGGCAGAAGGACGAACAGACCUGCCGCAGCUGCAAGUCCAAGUGGCAUGAGCAAGUGAAAGGCAAGAAGCGCGCCCGGUACUGCCUGAGGUGCCGCCGCAAGUAG